UCAAGUUAUUGAAUUUUUGGCGGGUUUGUCGCUUAGAUACGAAAUUAUGUUUGGUUAAUUUUUAUAUUGUAUUUUUUACAUCUUUAAAUAUUAGCUUUUCUUGAUAUUACCUUAGAAUCUUAUCAAAUUAAAAUGGCAAGGAAAGAAGAACCCAAAAUCCAACCAAACAAUGAUCUUGAGAAGAAAAUUAUAGAAGCUUUCGAAGUGUUUGACCAUUCGGGAAAGCAGGUAGUUGAUGUUAGAGAAAUUGGUACCAUCCUGCGUUCCCUAGGUUGUUGUCCAACAGAAGCGGAGGUGCAAGAAGUGAUACUCGCCACAGAAAACAAGGAAGCAACCGGAAAUGUUCCACUCAUAACUUUCUUGCCAUUCAUGUGUAAAGUCAUGAUAGAACACAGAUUUUACCCCGCCAGUGCUGAGAUGCUGUUAGCAGCAUUCAAGUAUUUUGAUCACGAGGGCCGUGGAUUUCUCACUAAGGAACGAUUCACACAACUCAUGCUGGAAGAGGGAGAGCCGUUCACACAGGAGGAGUUCGACGAGAUGAUGCAAACCGCCUUGGAUCCGGUGACCGACACCAUCACGUAUGAAUACUACAUCAAUCAGCUAAUGGUAGCUCCUAAAGAAGUAUAUAACAUCGCUGACGAGAUGGAGGCCGAGCGAAAGAGAUUAGAGGCGGCCGCCCCAAAGAAACGUCGCGCUUCCGACCUUUUGAGGGCUGCGCACUGAUUUUCAUGUCGAGGAAGAGGUGAUGGAAACUACAGAGCCUCCUAAGUAGAAGAUGAAAUUAAUAGUUGCGAGAAGCUAUAAUACUCGAACGAAUACUCAAAUUUUAGUAAUCAAGGAAAAAACAAAUUAUUUGCAAUUAUUUAUUUUGGAUGACUAAAUAAAAAACAUUUUCCCUCUUAA